AAUGUGACCUGAUCCGCCAUACCGCACGCACAGCACUGCACGAGCGCUCACUAUCAUCACUCACACAAGUGGAUGAGAAGUGUGUGUGACAGUGAACCUGAACUAAAGUCACUUUCAACAGCAAGCCGCCUCAGACAGGGACCGCGCGAAUCAUGGCCGAGGACAUUCAGGAGAAACUGGAGAAGUAUCGCACGGCACCGUUCGAUGCCCGUUUCCCGAACCAGAACCAGACGAAAAACUGCUGGCAGAAUUACCUGGAUUUUUAUCGAUGCCAAAAAGCUCUGGAUGCCAAAGGUGUGGACACAGCCCCAUGUGACUGGUACAAGAGGGUCUACAAGUCUCUCUGCCCUCUUUCCUGGAUCGAGAAAUGGGACACUCAGAGGGACGACGGCUCGUUCCCGGGAAAGAUCUGAAGAUUCGGGACCCGAAACGCAUCUGUGUGUGGUCUCGUCUCACCCCAGCCGAACAGCCUUAGCACUGAUUGGUCAAAACCACACCUGUCCGGCUGGAGGAUGAGAUCCAUUGUGAAUGUCAUUCCUUAUAUAAAAAAAUGUGUUGCACAUUCUGCAUUAAAUUCUCAGGCAUUGAAACGUGA